AAAGUCUAAAUCUACUUAGACCGCAGAUUUUACCGUAAGCAAAGCCAUACAAAGCUACGUGUCAGCUUUUGUGAGUUUUCGCAAGCGCUUCAGAGGGUUACGUGAGGACUGAGGAGUGAAGAGGCAUCGUUCAUUCAUCGUCACGAAGGCAGAAGACGUCCAAUUUGUAUUCUGUGAAGACGUCAGUCGCAAAAAACCUGUCAUACCGUUCGCAAGUGUUGUGAAAUUGUGUGAAAUAAAUUGAGACAUGAUCGUCGCCGAAGCGUGGAGAGCCGACAUACUCUACUGGGUGGUGCCCAUCGUCACCAUAUUGGCAGCCAUAGCGGCACUCGGUCUACUCACCGUGGUCUACCUGGUGAGGGUCUACGCGAAGUAUACGUGUGGGAUCUUCAGCAGCACCAGUAGGAUGGACGGCAAGACGGUUAUAGUGACUGGAUGCACCAGCGGUAUAGGCUUGGAGACGGCCAAGGAGCUGGUGAAGAGAGGCGCCAAAGUGCUGAUGGCGUGUAGGGAUUUGGAGAAGGCUGAGAAGGUUAGAGAGAAAAUCGUCGAUGAAACCAAAAACACGAAGGUCUUCGUGAAGAAAUUGGAUCUUAGCUCCUUUGCCUCCAUCCGGAGUUUUGCGGACGAUAUUAACAAGACGGAACCAAAGUUGGACGUGUUAAUCCACAACGCUGGCUAUGCUAACACCUUCAAGAAACUCCAGUCAGAAGAUGGCAUAGAACUGACCAUGGCUACCAACCACUACGGACCGUUUCUGCUCACCCAUCUCCUAAUAGAUCUGCUCAAGAAGAGCCAACCGUCUCGCAUCGUAGUCGUCGCCUCCUCCUUAUACCGUCUAGGAUCAGUCAACUUGGAUAACCCCAACCCUAUCUCUUCCCUACCAGGCUAUCUAUACUACGUAUCGAAAGAAGCCAACAUUCUCUUUACCAGGGAACUAGCUAGACGCCUAGAAGGUACUGGUGUGACAGCUAACUGUCUCCACCCAGGGUUAAUAGACAGUGGUAUCUGGAAGUCCGUGCCAGCACCUUUAAGUUGGGGCCUUGCCAUCAUCAAUAAAUGCUUCUUCAAAACACCUGCUGAGGGCUGUCAGACAUCUGUCAUGUUGGCAGUUGACGAGACGUUGACAGGUGUCAGUGGUAAGUAUUUUUCUGACUGCCGAGAGAGCACGCUGUCAGCUGCCGUCAGUGAUAUGGGCAAAGCGAGGAAGUGGUGGGAGAUAUCAGAGAAGAUGGUCAAAUUGGAGGAGAAUGAUCCUAGGAUCAGCGUUUAAUUGAGACACAUAGCGUUAUUAGACCUUUAGCUCCUCAUAAUAAUGAAGGAAAAUAAUCCAAGAUUAUUAUUUGGCAAUGCUGAAAUUAGUUUGACGCCAUGACGGAACUUACUAGGUAUACAGGCUUAGAAAAAAUUUAAGCGGUCUUUCAAAUUAGCUAACUUUGUU